AUGGCGGAUGCUGUGUUUUUGGGUAAAGGGCACUGAGCGGCAAAAUAAUUGUUGCAACUGUUUAGAAAAUAGAAUAGCGAACAUUUUCAGUGAGUGUUAGUGCAUUUAGGUCUUUUUUUGUUUUUGAUCGGGUAAAAGUCGUCCCAAGUAGACGCUGCAAGGAUGAAAGGCAAGGAGCGGUCGCCUGUGAAAAAGCGCUCACGGGUCGCGGAUGAUAUCCGAGACAGGGGAGGAAGCCACCCAACCAGCAAGAAAAUGGCUCUGUCGGUUUCUGGCGGCAGCAACAACGGGAACAGCUCGGCCAAAGGCGAGGGGGGCUCGGCGCGGAGGAGCCUGCUCGCCGAAAAACGGGAAAGUCGCGAUUUCGACGGACACGCUUCCAGCAGAACCGGGAGUAACCACGGCUACAGCAACGCCGCCGCGGGCUCCAGCAGCAAGAACCACGCGAACCUCGCGCUCGAGGCCGGCACCGCAAGGACCAGCGCGCGCGGGGAGCAGCGCCCGGCGCUCCCCGGCACCGAAAGUGAGUACAAGACUCUUAAAAUUAGCGAACUGGGCUCGCAGCUGAGCGACGAGGAGAUAGAGGACGGGCUGUUCCACGAGUUUAAGAAGUUCGGGGACGUGAGCGUUAAAAUAAGCCGCAUCGGCGACGAGAGGGUGGCGUUCGUGAACUUCAGGAGACCCGAGGAUGCCAGGGCGGCCAAGCACGCGCGCGGGCGGUUGGUGCUUUACGACCGGCCUCUGAAAAUCGACGCGGUGUACAUGAACAGGAGGAGGAGUCGCUCCCCGAUCGAGAAGGACGCUUAUGCGGCAGUGGCGGGGCACAGACAUUUGCAUGCCCAGAGACCUUUGUCCCCCACCGGGCUGGGAUACAGAGACUACAGGCUGCAGCAGUUAGCCUUGGGUCGCCUUCCUCCGCCCCCGCCUCCACCCCUACCCAGAGACCUAGAGAGGGAAAGGGAGUAUGCGUUCUAUGAAGCCAGGGCACGCCCUGCUUACAUUGCUGAACGUGCUGCGUUCCGCGAGGAGGACCUUAUCUCUCCAGAAGAUGACCAGAGAGCCAACAGGACGUUGUUUCUGGGCAACCUUGACAUCACUGUCACGGAGAAUGACCUGAGGAGGGCGUUUGACCGGUUUGGCGUGAUUACAGAGGUGGACAUCAAGCGACCCAGCAGGGGGCAGACCAGCACUUACGGGUUCCUCAAGUUCGAGAACCUGGACAUGGCGCACCGCGCCAAGCUCAGCAUGUCCGGCAAAGUGGUGUGCCGCAACCCCAUCAAGAUCGGCUACGGCAAGGCCACGCCCACCACCCGGCUGUGGGUGGGCGGGCUCGGCCCCUGGGUCCCCCUCGCCGCGCUCGCGCGGGAGUUUGACCGCUUUGGCACCAUCAGGACUAUUGAUUACAGGAAGGGGGACACGUGGGCGUACAUCCAGUACGAGAGCCUGGACGCUGCACAGGCUGCCUGCACGCACAUGCGGGGGUUCCCCCUGGGGGGCCCCGAGCGGCGGCUCAGGGUGGACUUCGCCGACACGGAGCACCGCUACCAGCAGCAGUACCUGCAGCCGCUGCCUCUGCCGCACUACGAGCUGGUGGCCGAGUCCUUCCACCGUGCCGCCCCCGACGUCCUGCGCGUGCGGGAGAGGACCCCGCCGCCCCUGCACUUCCGGGAGAGGGAGCUGUACCCGGCCGCCGAGUGGGCGGCGCCGGUGGUCCGCGAGCGGGUGCGGGCAGCCGCCGCCGCCUUCGAGCCCCUGGAGCACCUGGAGCGGGAGCGCCGGCCGCGGGAGGCGUGGUCGCUGGAGAGGGAGCGCGAGCCGCUGGGGCGGGACGUCGCCCGCAAGCGCCGGCUGCUGGAGGACGGGAGGCACCAGGAGCGCUCGCCGGACAGCAGCGAGCGCGGCCGCCGCCGCCACUGCCCCUCCCCCGAGCACAGCCCCGGCGGCAGCAGCAGGGACGGCGGCCGCUACAGCGACUCGGAGCGGCCUACCCGCCUGGACCGACCCUCCCCGGCCAGGGAGCGGCACUCCAGCCUGGAGCGGGGGCCCGGGGAGAAGAGGCCCAAGGCCCUCGCCGCGUCAGAGGCGGCGGCCGGCGGGGUGACCGGCGCCGAGCGGGAGCGCAAGCGCAAGAUCAGCGAGACCCGCAAGAGCCCCGCCAAGAAGGAGGAGCGCUUCGAGGCGGGGUCCUCCAAGCAGCCGGCGAAGGCCGAGGGCGGGGCGCAGAAGCUGAGCCUGGCCUGGCAGGGCAUGCUGCUGCUGAAGAACAGCAACUUCCCCUCCGACAUGCACCUCCUGGAGGGCGACCUGGGCGUCGCCACCGGCCUUCUCACCGACGGCGCCACCGGCGGGAAGGUGGCCCAGCUGAAGAUCACGCAGCGGCUCCGCCUGGACCAGCCCAAGCUGGACGAGGUGACGCGGCGCAUCAAGGCGGCGGGCCCCAGCGGCUACUCCGUCCUCCUGGCGGUCCCGGGCGGCCCCGACGACGGCCCCUCGGACCAGGCGGCCUCCACGCAGCGGCCCCUGCGGAACCUGGUCUCCUACCUAAAGCAAAAGCAAGCGGCGGGCGUCAUCAGCCUGCCCGUGGGCGGCAGCCGCGACAAAGACAACGCGGGAGUCCUUCACGCGUUCCCCCCGUGCGAUUUCUCCCAGCAGUUCUUGGAUUCCUCGGCCAAAGCCCUCGCCAAAACGGAAGAGGACUACCUGGUGAUGAUCAUAGUCCGAGGAGCGUCGUAAAACACA